AUGCCUCCGACAGCAGAGUACAGGGCUAAUUGGCCAGUCUUUGCGCUGGCAUGGUCGAAUCACCCGUCCACGUCAAGCUCUUCCUCGUCGUAUCAUCCUCGCAAUCCAUCCGGCUCGGCUCGAUACAUUCCUUCCUCUCCAUCGCCUUUGGGUCGACAGGACGAAUUUGGCGGACCUCCGCCGUCCACAACACCAGGUCCACCAGAUAGUGCCAGGAUAGCCGUGGGAUCCUUCGUAGAGCAGUACACGAAUCGCAUCCAGAUCCUCGGAUUCGACCAACGCGAUUCGAGCUCGCUGACGCUGCUGGCAGAUGCUUCCCACCCGUAUCCUCCCACCAAGCUGGGAUUCCAGCCAUCCACGCUCUUUGAUGCCUCCUCGAGUGAGCGACGCGAUGCUUCUCUAGAAAGGGAAAGAAGCUCAGGCGAGAGAGGCUACGCGUCUCCAACGACCAAGCUGGCAAAGCGAGGCAGCUGGGGCACCAAAGUACGAUCCUCAUUAUCAGGCGAAGGCAGCGAUUUGCCAGAUCAUUACCCGGACAGAGAGCUGCUCGCAAGUACAGCCGAUUGUCUGCGCAUCUGGGAGAUCUACCGAAACGAAUACUCGGAUCCAUACCAGUCGAGCUACGUCGGCGGCAACAGUGGUGCAGGAGCGCAACAAGGCGAAGGCUCGCAGCUACCCUUUGCGCUACGAGAGAAGAGCGUCUUGGCACAUUCAAAGAACACAAAGAGCCCGCCAGCACCGCUCACCUCGUUCUCGUGGAACACGCCAUCGCCAAACCUCAUCGUCACUUCGAGCAUCGACACAACAUGUACCAUCUGGGAUCUUCCCACUCGCACCGCCUUGACCCAACUCAUCGCUCACGACCGUGAGGUGUACGAUGUUGAUUGGUGUCCCGGGUCGGCCGAUGUCUUUGCCAGUGUCGGGGCGGACGGCAGUGUGCGUGUGUUCGACUUGCGCAGCUUGGAGCAUUCCACCAUCAUCUACGAGACGGGCACGGCACCGGGUGCUACCGAGUCGCGUCCAGGGACGAGCAUGUCGACGUCGUCACGGGCUACAUCUACUCGAAGUGUACCGGCCGCACCACUGCUGCGCAUCGCUUUCAAUCCGUGGGAUGCCAAUUACCUAGCCACAUUCCACUUGGAGUCCGACUCUGUCCAGAUCCUCGACGUUCGAGCACCUGGUUCGCCGAUCCUCGAGCUGCGAGGGCACUCGGCGGCGGUCAAUGCGAUCGCCUGGGGACCACCCUCCGUCGGUGCCGGUGUUCUUGGUCCGAGCAAAGGCAUGGUCUGCUCCGCCGCUGACGAUGCGCAAGUUCUGGUGUACGACCUUGCAUCCACAACGCUGAGAACCGCUUCAGCACAGGGGAGACGCAGCAGGAACGGACACGCACCAUCACCAGCGCCAGGCUCGCUCGGAUACUCGCACUCGACCUCGUCCUUCGGUGGCACGGCUAGUCCCGCGCCGACUUCGAGUAUCGCUGGCAGCAUCGGCAUCGGCGCUGAGAUUCCUUUCCUCGCUUACACCACUCCAAAUCAGGACAUGGUCAACAAUGUCUCUUGGCUGCGAGCAGGCGGCGGCGGUCUUCCACCGGGCGUUGGUGGUUUCAGCGGCGGUGGAGGUGGAGGAUCAAGCUCACACAAGAGCGUUGUGCAGGAAUGGAACGAGUUCACCGCGGGGAGCGCAGGCGGCGGUGGUUCGUCGUCUGGAUUUGCGCCUCACGAUUCGGACUGGAUCGCUCUGGCAGCAGAGUCCGUGCUUCAUCGGAGAGAGCCGAUCUUAGUUGUGACUGUUGAUGAGCUUGUAGGCACAUUUCCACCUCGUCUUGUCCUUCCACUAUCAUCUCAGACGCACUCACAUCCCAUCGACGGACUCAGCAUAAUGAAGCGACAAGCAGAGAAACAGAUUCGGAGAGAAGAUGGCGACGAUGCAUCCGACGACGACUCGCCAUCACAGGGAUCGAUGCCCGCCACCCCGGCUGCUGGCAGAGUCAUCCGCGGCCUGCCCAAGCGACGCGGAACACCCGGAACUCCUGGCACAGCAGCGGGAGCGGCCGCAGCGCCCAGUCCUAUCAGCUUCGGUGCUGCUUCGUCAACACCGCCUUCCUUCGGCGCGCCAACGGGAUCCAAUCCUUUUGCUAGUCUAGGCGGCAGCGGUGGAUUCGGCAGCUCUCCGGCUUCAGCUGCCCCCGCCGCUUCUACAUCAACGCCAACCUUUAGCUUCGGUGCUUCUACCACCGCGCCUUCGUCCAGCACUCCUUCGCAGCCGCCUGCGAAAGUUAAUCCUUUUGGCGGCUUCACUGGUUUCGGCGCCGCCAAACCUGCUGCUCCGGCAGCGAACGCUCCUUCCACAGCUUCCACGCCUUCCUUCUCCUUUGGAUCAUCAACAGCGAGCGCCUCUCCAGGUACUUCAAAUCCCUCGGCAGCUGCGCCGUCCAAGACCUCGAGCAUCGUGUCCGGAAUUCUUGGGAGUAUGUCCUCCCCUUCACCUGCAGCACCACCUACUUCCUCGACUACUGCCACGAAUGGGCAGAGCGCGUCGCCCGGAGACAAGGACAAGCUUCGUUCGCUCCGUGGUCUCAACGUAUCUUUCCAGUCAGCGCUUGCCCAGAAGGUCAAAGAGCAGCUUGAUGCGGAUCCAUUUGCGGACCUCACACCUCUCAUCGAGUCGUUCAAGACGCAGUAUCGCAAGCAUCGGGAUAGCAUAGAAAACAAGAGCUCGACAUCUGCCCCUGCAGUUGCAAGCACGUCAAGCACACUGAGCAGCAGCGCCACUCCGUUCAAGCCAGCUGCUACCAACGGCACCUCCUCAAGCGCUUCCGCAGUCUCGACGCCGUCUACUGCUGCUGCGGCUCCUGCCUCCACAUCCUCCUCUUCCGCUCUUCCGACUUUCAGCUUUAGCAAACCCGCAUCGACGCCCGCUUCCACAUCGUCCAGCGCACCCUCGACUAGCGCGCCUUCCUUCUCUUUCGGGUCGAGUGCCUCUGCCGCCAAGCCAGCUAGCUCUGAUUUCUCCUUCUCGCCUCUUCCCAGCUCCAGCUCAGUACCAUCCAAGACGACGCCUGCUGCCUCGUUCUUCUCCUUCGGAUCUUCUGCCUUUGGCAACAAAUCAGUGGCUCAAGAGGCACAGAAGGACGAGGAACAAGAAGCAGCAGGUGGAGAUGAAGAUGAAGAGGACCAAGAGGACGAUGAGCAAGAUGACGAGGAAGACGACGAAGAUGAUCAGGAAGACGACGAGGAAGACGAAGAGGAAGAUGACGAGAUCGACCAAGACGAAGACGAGGACGAUGAGAGAGAGGAAGAUGCAGACGAAGACGAUGACGAGGUAGUCGUGACCGGCUCGAAAGCCGCCUCAAAUUCGACAUCCACAGCCAAGCCUCCGUCAUUCUCGCUUCCAACAGGCGGCUUCUCCUUCGGUGGCAAACCAGUCAGCAUCAGCUCCUCACAAGAAGACGAGAAGAAAGCAGAGGCUACACGCAGCAUGGCCGGAGCGCCUCAACUCAACCUUCCCAGCUCCGGCUUCUCGUUCGGCGGCAAACCUGUCAACUUUGGCGCCUCCAAACCCGCCGCGUCGACGCCAACCGCACCAACGUUCGGUAGCACCCCUCCUACGUCUUCUACCGCGACAUCUACAUCGACCGAACCAACAUUCUCGUUCGGCAGCAGCACACCUUCCGCAACCAAGGACACUCCCGCAUUCGGUGGCUUCACCUCAUCCACCAACCCCGCGUCCAAAUCCGCCUCCACACCAGCAUUCUCCUUCGGCAGCUCCACCCCUUCCUCUUCCACACCAGCCUUCGGCUCGUCAACAUCCUCAUUCGGUGCUCCACCAACGUUCUCCUUCGGCGGUGGGGCGUCUUCGUCAUCCCCGACCAACUUUGCCAACCUUUCGGCGAGCACGGCUGCCAAACCGGGAGCAUUCAGCUUUGGGUCCGGGGCAAUCAAGUUUGGGGACGCGCAACAGAAGGAUAAGAAGGAGAACGAGGAGGAGUGA